AUGGAUAAACAGAAUCUAACAGAGCUCACAGAGUUUGUUCUGCUGGGGAUCACAGACCGCCCUGAGCUGCAGGCUCCCUUCUUCGGGCUCUUCCUCAUCAUCUAUGUGACCUCAGUGAUGGGAAACCUGGGCAUGAUCAUUCUUACCACGAUUGACAACAAGCUACAAAUGCCCAUGUAUUUUUUUCUGAGACAUCUGGCUUUCAUUGAUCUUGGUUACUCAACUGCUGUAGGCCCAAAAAUGCUAGUAAAUUUUAUAGCUAAUCAAAACACAAUCUCCUACAACGGGUGUGCCACACAGCUAGCUUUCUUCAUCAUGUUCAUCAUCAGUGAACUUUUUCUUCUUUCUGCCAUGGCCUAUGACCGUUAUGUGGCCAUCUGUAACCCUCUGCUCUACACAGUAAUGAUGUCACAACGAGUGUGCUGGAUUCUGGUAGCACUCCCCUAUCUCUACAGCACCUCUCUCUCUCUGGUAACCACCAUAAAACUUUUUACUUCAUCUUUCUGUGGCUAUAAUGUCGUUAGUCAUUUCUACUGUGACAGUCUUCCCUUGCUGACUUUGGUAUGUUCAAGCACACGUGAAGUUGAGUUGAUAGUAUUGAUAUUUUCAGCUUUUAAUCUGAUUUCAUCUCUUCUGAUAGUCCUUGUUUCCUACACACUGAUCCUCCUGGCCAUCCUCAGGAUGAACUCUGCAGAGGGCCGGCACAAGGCCUUCUCUACCUGUGGCUCUCAUCUGAUGGUGGUGGUUAUAUUAUAUGGAACUCUGUUCUUCAUGUAUGUGCAACCCAAGUCCAGUCACUCCUUUGAUAUUGAUAAAAUGGCUUCUGUGUUUUACACAUUGAUAAUACCCAUGCUGAACCCCUUGAUAUACAGUUUGAGGAACAAAGAAGUAAAAAGUGCCCUGCAUAGGUUACAGAAAAAUCUAUGCAAAUGUCACUUUUUUUAG